GUGACGUAGUCGCAGCACAGACGUUCCGCAGACAGUCCUACGGCUAUGUCUUUGGGUAAAUCGAUUUCCUACCCCCACCAUCAUCCCCACCACCACCAACAACAUCAGCAGAACGCGGACACACUCCAACAGCAACGUCAGUCGAGAAACGACUAUCGUGCGACGAUAAACUCGAACAUGUCGACCGCGAAUAAUACGUGUUACCCCCCGGUGUCUUAUGAGUUACAACCCUCGCCGGCGGCUCAACGCACCCCCUCGACGGUACCCCAAAAGGACUACUCGAGACCCUUACACGUCGAUUGUAGUGUCGAGUACGAGUUACCUAACGCGGCCAAACCACCCCAAGGAGUACGUAACGAGCCGCUACUCAUGAUCCACCCCUGUUACUUCCGGAAAAUCGAGAGUCAACGUCGUAGUCCUUUCAUAAACAAUUUACCCGCAAGACCGGCGACCGCUUUGAAGAGACGUGGGGCUGCCCCUAGGGGCCAACAGCUACCCCAGCAAGUUCCAGUGCAAGCAGCCCCCUAUCCCGUUCAGUACCAGACGCAGGAACGUUCUUUGUGGGAUCCACCUCAACCCCCAAUAGCCCCCAGUCAGCCCUACUGCAAAAGGGAGGUACUGGCCUGUGCCGCCUAUACAGCCGUUACCAGUAGGGACAGUUUAUGGGAACCGGAUUGUUCCCCGGAACGACCCGAGGACAAACACAUCUUAUCCGGGAAGUAUCGGCAGUACCUGCGGGCCCACCGGUUACAUCCCUACGUGAGUUCCGCAAUAUCCACGUUUCCGCAUCAGAUUCAGCAAGUGUGUUACAACGUGUGAUCGCUGUGAUAAAGUAAAAAAAUUGAUGGAAAAAAUGAUGAUGAUGAUGAUGAUGAUGAUUAUAGUUUCCGGAAGUGCGUUUCCGGACACCCUUCUUGUGAUAAUAGUGUGUAAUUGUGCGCAAGCGUCCCGAGGCCCGGGCGUGGUAUAUUGUAGUGAUCCAUAUGAUACGACAUCAGCUGUGCAUGUGUUUAUCCCCCCAGACGCUAUAUUGUAAUAAUUAAUUUUUUUUAAAUAAUUGGAUUAGUAGUGUGGUCUCUCAGUACACAUCGAUCAUGUAAGUAUUUGCGACAAGUUAACCGGGUUCUUUUUCUGUUCUUUUUUUUUGUUUGGUAGAGAUUAAAGACUGUACCGCCAGUACACUUUGAUUCCCUGAUAUAUAGAAAUGUAGCUUUAAUUAAACGGACUCCCGAAAGUGCUUGAGAAUUUUAGGUAGUUAGUGUUAAUAUUGCGAGUGGGGCAGCCGGAAAGGCAGAACUAAACUAAUCUAAUUUUAACACUUAAAGAAAUCUUACUUAGGCAAACGUCAGUCGCGUACAAUUAAAUUAUGCAUCAUAAUUUGAAAGAGUGUUCAUAAUGUUUGGUACAAUUUACCGUAAAAUAAAAAAAACGCAAGAAUCAAAAAAAUUAAACAUGUGUCACUUGAAGCAUCAGAAGUUUAUAACAAUUUUCAAAAUUAGCCUGUGAAUGGCCAAAGACCCUUACACAUUACAUAUCUACUGACUACAGGAUGGUACUAGAAGAUGUUUUUUUAAAUAUUAGAUUUGAUGAUGCUUAAUUCUUUAGGUAAAACAUGUUUAAUUCAUUUAAUUAUACAAGGAGUUACAGAAUAAGGUGCUGAUCCUGUUUUAAGGUGAUUUUAAGAAGAAAAGUUCAAAUGAAGCUUAACCCCUUAACUUUUGACCUAUAGGGUGUUAAAAUCUUAAGAAAAAAAUCCUUUAUUAACUUCCUAGAUAUGUUUAUGAAAUUUAGUAUAGACCCUCUAAGUAUAAAUAGUCAUUUUCUGAUGGAGAAUAAAGACUAUUUUUAUAAUCCCCAUUCAUUUUAGGGCAAAUUUAAUUUUUUGACUAUUUUUCGUCCGACAUGCAAUUACCCCGGAAAAAAAAUAAAAACAUUUUUAUGCAUGGUCAAUUUAUUAGAAAAAAAAAUUAUUUAUUUUAUAAGCAUAUUAUAUAAAAACAUAAGAAUAUGUACAUUAUUUUACCAGUACAGUAUAACAACUCUAUUUCUCUAGAUACUUUCAUACAGGGUCUCCUAAAUUUGGUUCUAAGGGAGACAAUUUUCAACACUCUUUACUUUAAAAACCUUUAUUGGUUAAAAUUACCUAAGAAUUAACACCCUUAAGCAUCAACCUCUUAUUCUGUAACACCCUGUAUAGUUUUAAUAAAUUAUGCAUCAUAAACCUAUUUUUUAAAAAUCACUUCCCUAAAUUUGGACUUAAGGGGCCUUGUAUUGGGAUAAAAUGGUUUGUUUAUGACCGCUUCUCCUUGGAAUUUAUGUUCUUAUUUCACAAAAUGGUUCAAUAGUAAAUAUUUUGGUUAAAAAAGACAAAUUUAGGCAUUUAUAGAUGCGAUCUCUAAUUAGGCUUAAACUCGAAACAUGGACUUGAAUUUAAAGCAAAAAGGGAUCAAGUCCAUUUAAGUUAUGCAUACAAAAUUUCCGGACUAUAUUUUUUUUGAGUCUUAACACCAAAAUUUUAUUCACAAUUUUAAAAAUAGUUUUAACGUUAAAAGACAGUCAAAAGUUUUUGUUUUUUAGUCGCUCUUUUCAAAUUUUUAUUAUACUAAAGCAGAUGAAGGUCAACAGAAGCUCAAUAUAUAAAUUAAAAAAAAAUUAAAGUAAUCGAAAAUCAAUUUGAAGUAUCUGAAUCUAAUAUUACAAUUAUUAUUAAUUAAAAAAUCUUUUUAAGUUUUUUUUUUAAUUUUAAAAUUAAACUUUUUUAAAAAUAUACCACAGUAUAAUUAUUGUAAUUUAACCCUAAGGUUAAUAAAUUAAUUUUUUAUUUCGGUCUUAUUCUCUUGGAUAUCUUAUACUUUGACAAAAAAAUUAUUUUUUAAAAUAAAUUAUUAAAAAGAAUGCCCAAAAAUGUGAAAAAAACACAAGAUUUGAAAU